AUGGUCCGAGCUGCAUCACGCCGAGAAACAGCCGCCUUUGACAUUGUGGAUGCCACUCAGGCCUUCACCGCUAAAGUCGUUGAUGGUGAAGUCGUUGGAGUGGUUUGUGAUUCCACUAAUACUCUCAUGGUAGGUGAUGGUUAUGCUGGGGACAUUAAGGUCUGGGAUAUCAUGGGACGUGAAUUGAAAUCUAGUUGGGGAAUUGGUUCUUCUUUGAUUUGUGCUUUAGCGUGGAUGGGAAAUGGCUCGUCUUCCAGUAUGGAUGGCAGUCUAAGGAUUUGGGAUAUUAUUUUAGCUAGACAAGUAGAUGCAGUAUAUGUCGAUGUCUCCAUCACGGUGUUAUCUCUGUCACCAAAUAUGGAUAUUUUAGCCAUAACACAUGUUGAUCAAAAUGGGGUCUAUCUCUGGGUUAACCAAUCAAUGUUUUCUGGUAGUUCUGACAUCAAUUUGUAUGCAAGUGGCAAAGAAGUUGUGACUGUUAAACUGCCAUCGGUAUCAUCAGUGGAAGGUUCUCAAGUUGAAGAAUCUAAUGAGCCUACCAUUAGGCAUUCAGAGUCUAAAGAUGUCCCUUCCUUCCAUCCUUUGCUUGAGCAAAUUCCGGAUCUAGUUACCCUCUCGCUAUUGCCGAAGAGCCAGUGGCAGAGCUUGAUUAAUCUAGACAUUAUAAAGGUUCGCAAUAAGUCCAUUGAGCCACCCAAGAAACCUGAGAAAGCUCCUUUCUUUUUGCCCUCUAUUCCAUCUCUUUCUGGAGAAAUAUUAUUUAAGCCAAUUGAGACGUCUGAUAAGGGAGACAUGAAAGCUGAUGAAGACAAAUCUAAGAUAACACCUGAAGUGCCGUCAUCGCAGUUUCUGCUACUGCUUCAUUCUUGUUCAGAGGCCAAAAACUUUUCGCCUUUUACCGCCUACAUCAAAGGGUUAUCUCCCUCAACUUUGGAUUUGGAACUUUGGAUGCUUCAGAUAAUAGACGGCUAUGACGAUAGCGCUGAUGAUGAUGAUCUACAAGAUGUUGACAAGAGACGAGUUGCUUUCAAUCGAAUUACUUAUGGAUUACUUUAUACAUGAAAUAUCAUGCCGGAGUAAUUUUGAAUUUGUACAAGCUCUAGUCAGGUUGUUU